AAGCAAUUUUCUUUCUCUUUAGUAGUUACUACUCUUUCGUUUUUUAGUAGCCAUGGCUAAGAUAUCAUUGAUAUUACUAAUAAUAUUUCCUUUUCUUCUUGGACCGAGCUCUGCUCAAUCGUUAUCCGCCAAUUUCUACUCUUCCUCAUGCCCAAAUGUCCUCUCGGUUAUUAAAACCGCGGUGGAUUCUGCUGUUUCCAGUGAGGCUCGCAUGGGGGCUUCUUUACUUCGUCUUCAUUUCCAUGAUUGUUUUGUUAAUGGUUGUGAUGCAUCCGUGCUACUAGAUGACACAUCAAACUUCACAGGAGAGAAAACUGCCGGACCAAAUAGUGGAUCAUUAAGAGGAUUUGAUGUGAUAGACACUAUUAAAACUCAAGUGGAGUCUUCGUGUGCUGGCAUUGUAUCUUGUGCAGACAUUUUAGCUGUUGCUGCACGAGAUUCUGUUAUCAAACUUGGUGGCCCUAGUUGGACUGUUUUACUCGGUAGAAGAGACUCAACUACUGCAAGUUUGAGUGCAGCAAACAACAAUAUUCCUGCACCAACUUUGAACCUCACUGGCCUUAUUUCUUCCUUCUCAAACAAAGGUUUAACUGCUAGGGAAAUGGUGGCUCUCUCAGGAAGUCACACAAUAGGCCAAGCAAGGUGUACUACUUUCAGAAACCGUCUAUACAAUGAAGCCAAUAUAAAUGCCUCAUUUGCAACAUCAGUAAAAGCAAACUGUCCACAAAGUGGUGGUAACAACAAUCUUUCACCACUAGACACCACAAGCCCAACUUCAUUUGAUAAUGCUUACUACAAGAACUUGCAAAUUCAAAAGGGCCUUCUUCAUUCUGAUCAAGUGCUAUUUAAUGGAGGAUCUACAGACUCCAUCGUUAACACUUAUAGCUCUAAUUCAGCGACUUUCUUCACUGAUUUCGGAAAUGCUAUGGUGAAAAUGGGAAAUCUUAGCCCCCUUACAGGUACUAACGGCCAAAUCCGUAAAAAUUGCAGGAAAAUGAACUAAGAUUUAAGAAAAGGAAAAAAGUACCAAAAAAUUGAUUUCAAUACUUCGAGUGUUGCAAUGUUUUUUCCCUUUUUCUUUUUAUAGCCAACUGUAAUGUUCUGCAAUUUUGGAGGUAAAGGUGUUAAGUAACGUCCCCCCUCCAAUAUGUAAACGUUCCAAGUAGUGAAAUAAAAAAGAGUGUUUUCAUA